AUGAGUGCCGAAUUGAAAGAAUUGUAUAAGAAUAAGUUGAUUGAUGGGAAGAAACAUGCAGCCAGCAUCCGUUCUGAGAUCAAACGUAAUAUUGAAACUUCCAAUAUCAAACCCACAUUGGCCAUUGUUCAAGUUGGAAACAGACCAGACUCUAGUCUAUAUGUCCGUAUGAAGAAAAAAUCUGCUGCAGAGUCUGGAAUUAAGGCAGUACAUCAUCUCUUGUCUGAUUCUGUGUCUCAAGAAAGUUUGCUCACUUUAAUUGAUUCAUUGAAUAAUAAUAAUAAAGUUAACGGUAUUAUCGUGCAAUUGCCAUUACCAAAACAUUUAAAUGAGGAUGAAAUUACAGAAAGAGUCAUCACUUCCAAGGAUGUGGAUGGGUUUGGUCCAGAUAACAUUGGUGAAUUGCAUCGUCGUAACGGUGUUCCAUUGUUUGAACCUUGUACUCCAAAGGGGAUUAUUACACUUUUGGAUCGUGAAAAUGUUCAAAUUAAGGGGGCCAAUGCUCUAGUCAUCGGUAGAUCCGAUAUCGUAGGUGGUCCAGUGGCUGCUUUAUUACAAAAGAGAGAUGCUACAGUUACCAUUGCCCAUUCUAAGACUGAUCAUGCUACUUUGGUUAAUUUCAUUAGAAACGCAGAUAUUAUUGUUGUAGCUGUAGGUGUGGCUAAUUUCUUAUCUGAAGAAUUAUGGAAGGAAGCUGAUAAUACAAGAAACCCUGUUAUUAUCGAUGUAGGUACUAAUUAUAUUCCAGAUGAGACCAAAAAAUCAGGUUCCCGUUGUGUAGGUGAUGUGGAUUUCAAUAAUGUUAUUCCUAAUGUUAGUAAAGUUACUCCAGUUCCAGGUGGCGUUGGUCCAAUGACUGUGGCUUGUCUAUUACAAAAUACAUGGAUUGCUGCAAAGAGAGCUGCUUCUAAAUAUGAUACAGGUUUAAAGACUUUAUCUCCAGUACCAUCAGAUCAUGAAAUUUCUCGUCAAGCUAUUCCAACUGAAAUUACUCAAAUUGCAUCCAUGGCUAAAGUACCCAGAGCUCGUAUUAUUCCUUACGGUUCUACAAAGGCAAAGAUUGAUAUAUCUUAUUUGAAAAAAAUUAAUAAACCUCCAGUGAAAAGAGGGAAAUAUAUAGUCGUUACUGGUAUAACUCCAACACCUUUGGGUGAAGGUAAGAGUACAACUACAAUUGGUCUUGCUCAAGCUUUAGGUGCUCAUUGUAAUCAAUUAGCCAUUGCUACUGUUCGUCAACCUUCAAUGGGCCCAACAUUUGGUGUUAAAGGUGGUGCUGCAGGUGGUGGAUAUGCGCAAGUUAUUCCAAUGGAAGAUUUCAAUUUACAUAUGACUGGUGAUAUUCAUGCUGUCGCUAUGGCAAACAAUUUAUUAGCUGCUGCUAUCGACACAAGAAUCUUCCACGAAUCUACCCAAACCGAUGCCGCCUUAUUUAAAAGAUUGUUGAAAACUGAUAACAAUGGUAAAAAGAUCUUGGAUCCUGUUUUAUCAAGAAGAUUGGCAAAAUUCAAUAUUCAAAAGACUAAUCCUGAUGAUUUGACUCCAGAAGAAAUUACAAAAUUGGUUAGAUUAGAUAUAGAUCCAAAUUCCAUCACUUGGAAACGUGUCGUUGAUAUUAAUGAUAGAUUUUUGAGAAAAAUUACCAUUGGUCAAAAUGCAACUGAAAAGGGUUUAACAAGAGAGACUGGGUUUGAUAUUGCUGUUGCAUCGGAAUGUAUGGCCAUUUUAGCCUUAGCUACUUCUUUAGAUGAUUUACGUGAAAGAUUAAGUAAGAUUGUUAUUGGUAGUUCCAAAGAUGGUUCUCCAAUUACUUGUGAUGAUAUUGGUUGUGCUGGUGCAAUGACUGCCUUAUUAAAGGAUACUAUCAAUCCAAAUAUGAUGCAAACUUUGGAGAAGACACCUGUCUUAGUUCAUGCUGGUCCUUUUGCCAAUAUCUCUAUCGGUGCUUCUUCUGUCUUGGCUGAUAAAUUAGCUUUGGAUUUAACUUCCGUUAAAGAAGGUGAAGAUUCUAAUUCCAAGCCAGGCUAUGUCAUCACUGAAGCAGGUUUCGAUUUUACUAUGGGUGGUGAAAGAUUCUUAAACAUCAAGGCAAAAACUUCAAACAUUAUUCCAGAUGUAGUUGUUAUUGUUGCUACAGUUCGUGCUUUGAAAGUUCAUGGAGGUGGUGCUCCAAUUAAACCAGGCGCUUCUUUACCAAAGGAAUAUAAGGAAGAAAAUUUGGAAAUCUUAGAAAAGGGUUGUUCUAAUUUAGUGAAACAUAUUCAAAAUGCCAAAUCAUUCAAUUUACCAGUUGUUGUAGCUGUUAAUAGAUUUAGUACUGAUACUGAUACUGAAUUAGAAUUGGUUAAAAAAAUCUCUGUGGAAGCCGGUGCUUCAGAUGCUAUCAUUGCCAACCAUUGGGAACAAGGUGGUGAAGGUGCUGUUGAUUUAGCUCGUGGUAUUAUGGAAGUUUGUGAAAAUGAAUCAAAUCAAAACUUUAAAUUUACUUAUGACUUGAAUUCAAGCAUCGAAGAAAAAAUCGAUACCAUUGCUACCAAAAUGUACAACGCUAAAGAUGUUGAAUUUUCAGAUUUAGCAAAGGAAAAAUUACAAUUAUACAAGUCUCAAGGUUAUGAUAAGUUACCAAUUUGUAUUGCAAAGACUCAAUAUUCUUUAUCCCAUGAUCCAAACUUGAAAGGUGUUCCAUCAGGCUACACACUACCUAUCAGAGAUAUUAAAGCUGCAGCAGGUGGUGGUUACUUAUUUGCAUUGGCCGGUGAUAUUAUGACUAUUCCAGGUUUACCAACCCGUCCAGGUUAUAUGAACAUUGAAGUGGUAGAUGGAGAAAUUGAAGGUAUGUUUUAA